UUGUCUCCAAACCCCUGUAAAAUUCACCUCUUCACAUGUUGGUUUGAUUUGUCCCAAAAUUGCAGUGUAUGUUGCGGUAGUUGAUUGUGUCUUAGCGUGACAGCACGUGUGGUUACACUGUCAUCCGACUGAAUCUGGGAUAUCCAAGCCCAUUUACUGGUUCAUCUAGUACAUCUGAAAUUGGUUAAGCUUAACAUUUUCUUCCACUGUUGAAGUGGACAAGCAGUCUCCAAGUAACCUUGGAGGAGUUUACUGCUGGACAGGCUGGCUGAGAGAAUAAAAGGCAGUAGUAAAGGCAAGGGGUACAGAGUCUGGAUGCUUUGAGUUGAAUCUUCAAGUCCGUAUUCAGCAGUUUAGCUAACUAAUAUUCAGCAGUCCCUGCUAAGUAUUAGAGGACUUCUACAGCGCCUGACCAAUACAACUACACCUCCCUCUGCAUAAAAGACAAACUCAGAAACAUGACUUGCUUGUGGUUCCUAUCUCUUCUUGCUUAUGGGCUUACAAUGCUGGAGGGGGUGAACUGUUGGACAUACAUUUAUUCAAAUGAAAACAUGACCUAUGAUAAAGCAGAGCAGUGGUGCAAAAAGUUUCCGAACUUGGUUGCCGUUCAGAGUAAGAGUGAAAACGACUAUCUCAAUGAAACCUUACCCUUCAAUCCGGGUUACUACUGGAUUGGAAUCAGAAAAAUUAAUAAUAUAUGGACCUGGGUAGGAACAAACGAACCACUGAGAGAAGAAAACUGGGCUACGGGUGAGCCAAAUGGCAACGGAAAAAAUGAGGAGUGUGUUGAAAUCUACAUCAAAAGAGGGAUGGAUGGUGGCAAAUGGAAUGAUGAGAAGUGUGACAAAAUGAAGGUCGCCUUGUGCUAUAUAGCUUCUUGCAACGAGUCUACCUGCAAUGGCAAUGGGAAAUGCAACGAGGUUAUUAACAAUUACACCUGUGAUUGUAACCCUGGAUUCUAUGGGAGGAAUUGUGAACUUGCUGUGACCUGCCCUGCCUUAACACCCAUUGAU